UCUCAUCAAAUGUAAACAAAAACAAGUCUCAGCAACCGGAAUCGCAGUCCAAGUUGCCUAGUGUGGACUAGGCUUUAUUCACCAAUUCGCCUGACUUUUUGAAAAGCAGCAAAUGUUUUGAAUGUUGUCAGCCGACACGAAGAACACGCGAUCUUCACCCGGUAGUGUUUUGGUUAGAGGUCGUGGAAAAGAAGCGUAAAAAUUCAGAAUUUUAGAAUUUCGACUGAUAAAAAUAGUCUUAAGCGACGACCAUGGCAGCCUGUCUGGAAAUAAUAGACGAUAUCGAAGACCUCAUUCAGUCGCAGGACAUCACUCCUAAGGAACGUUACGCCAACAAAAGUAACGUCACAGUAAGAUCGAAGCGAAUCAACAAAGCUAUCGAGAAUCAGCAAAAUGUUCAACCCGAUCCGGAAAAAAACAUUUUGUCAAGUGUUGUUCCCGGUACGCAGCAUAUAUACAUGAAGACAUGGGGUUGUGCCCAUAACAAUUCUGAUACUGAGUAUAUGGCCGGUCAGCUUGCGUCAUAUGGCUACAAUAUCACUAAUGAUAAAGUAAAGGCAGACCUAUGGUUAUUGAACAGCUGCACGGUGAAAAAUCCUUCCGAGGACACAUUUCGCAAUGAAAUUCAGGCAGCCAAUCAUGCUGGUAAACAUGUGGUUUUAGCAGGAUGUGUUCCUCAAGGCGCGCCAAAAUCAGAAUACCUUCAAGGGCUUAGCAUAGUUGGCGUUCAUCAAAUCGAUCGGGUCACUGAAGUGGUGGAAGAAACCUUGAAGGGACACUCGGUUCGACUUCUGCAAACGAAAAAAGUUAACGGAAAAAAGGUUGCUGGACCUAAUCUAGCUUUACCAAAAAUAAGAAAGAAUCCGCUUGUUGAAAUUAUUCCCAUCAAUUCUGGUUGCUUGAAUGCUUGUACGUACUGUAAAACGAAACAUGCUCGUGCUGAUCUGGUAAGCUAUCCUCCAGAGGAAAUUAUCAAUCGAGCUAUACAGGUUUUCAAAGAAGGGGUAUGCGAAAUAUGGUUAACUUCUGAAGAUACUGGAACUUAUGGGAGAGACAUUGGUACUUCACUUCCCGAACUACUGUGGAAAUUAACUGAAGUUAUUCCAGAAGGAUGUAUGUUGCGUUUGGGUAUGACUAAUCCACCAUACAUUUUGGAACAUUUAGAGGAAAUGGCAAAAGUUUUGCUGCAUCCCAGAGUUUACAGUUUCUUACAUGUACCGGUUCAGAGCGGGUCAGAUUCGGUCCUAGGCGAUAUGAAGCGCGAAUAUUGCCGAGCUGAUUUUGAACAGAUUGUUGAUUUUCUUAUGGAAAACGUACCUGGCAUAACGAUUGCUACUGACAUAAUAUGCGGUUUUCCAACCGAAACUGAAAACGAUUUUCAAUUGACCUUAACACUCUGUGAAAAAUACCAAUUUCCGAGUCUUUUCAUAAACCAGUUUUAUCCAAGGCCAGGAACGCCGGCUGCUAAAAUGCAGAGAAUUCCAGCAGAUCAGGUAAAAAAACGUACUAAACGUUUGACUGAUCUUUUUUACAGUUAUGAGCCGUAUAAAAACAAAUACUCCGUGGGAAAUGUUCAAAACGUUUUGGUUACGGAACUGUCGCACGACAAGAAGCAUUACGUUGGCCAUAACAAAUUCUAUGAACAAUUUUUACUUCCUAAGAACGACAACCUGCUGGGAAAACUAGUAAAGGUUAAAAUCGUCUCAAUCACCAAAUUCAGUAUGCUAGCUGAAAUUGUGCAGAACGAAAGUGAUUGGGUGAUAUGCAGCCAUAAUGAAAAGGAAGCAGUUGUCUACAACAAGUUGGAUGCUGACAGUUCGAUACAAGAGAAAAAUCAUGGUUAUAUGGUACUCGGAGGGUGUUUAGCUAUUUUCAUGGCGCUUAUUUAUAGACUUUAUAUAACGUUGUUUUGAUCAAGGCUAAAGUGCAGUAAUGGAUUGUUUUGAUGAUAAAAUUCAAUAAAAUUGAAGCAAAAAAGAGUUAAAUCUUCGGUAGCUCAUUUGGAUUUAGAUGUGUUCAAUAUUUGUUUAAAAAAUUUCUGAAAACAACCAGGAAACCGACAUUUUUACGAAAUUUUCACAUCAAUAUUUAUUACAUAAAUAGCAAAUCACACAUGUAUCUAACAAAAUAAGGAGAAUUAGUUAUUUUUUAUUUUCAUAUAUUCAUAAUUUCUACAAUGAAAGAACUACAGUGAACAAGUUAAUUUUAAGGCCACUUUUGGAAAUAGUUUUCCAAGUGCAAUUUUUAAAAGCAGAGCAUGUUAAUCAAUAUUUUAAAACCUAACAAUAUUAUCUAUAAAUAAUUUGGAAGACCUUGGAAUCUGACUGUUCAAAUGUUGUU